UCCCAAAACAUACACAAUAUGCCUGCUUCAAAAUAUUUGCUUCUGUUUCUUCUUGGAGUGUUGGUUUUCACUACCACACACUCUAUUGCUGAUCACCGCGAUGAUCACCACAAACCACCCUUUCAUAAGCCUCCUACUCAUCCAUCCGACCACCACAAACCACCCAUCCACAAGCCUCCCAUGGUGGAAGUCUCUCACCUUCAGAAGUCACCACAACAAACCAAACACAUGCCUCCAACCACAUUAAGUAAGCAAGAGCCACUCCCCGAGCACAAGCCAUCAACCCCACGAGAUCAACCUCCAAAGGGUAAGGGAGAAAAGCCACCACCGGAGCACAAGCCACCUCAUGAGCACCGCUUGUUGGAGAUCGAUGGAAAACCUUCUAAGGGAGAGAAAUCGCCAGGAGAGCACAAUGAGCCUCAUAAGGGAGAAAAGCCACCGCCGGAGCACAAAGGAAAGCCAGGCGAGCAACCUCACAAGCAUCAUGAGCACAAACCUCCCCAUGAACACCAAUUGUUAGAGUUGGAUGGAAAACCUUCCAAGGGAGAGAAGCCACCACGAGAGCAUGACGAACCUCACAAGGGAGAGAAGCCACCACCAAAGCAUAAGCCACCACAUGAACACCAGUUGUUGGAGUUGGAUGGAAAACCUUCCAAGGGAGAGAAGCCACCACAAGAGCACAAUGGACCUCACAAGGGAGAGAAACCACCACCAAAGCAUAAGCCACCACAUGAACACCAGUUGUUGGAGUUGGAUGGAAAACCUUCCAAGGGAGAGAAGCCACCACAAGAGCACAAUGGACCUCACAAGGGAGAGAAACCACCACCAAAGCAUAAGCCACCUCAUGAACACCAGUUGUUGGAGUUGGAUGGAAAACCUUCCAAGGGAGAGAAGCCACCGCAAGACCACAAUGAGGCUCAUAAGGGAGAGAAACCACCACCAAAGCACAAGCCACCACAUGAACACCAAUUGUUUGAGUUGGAUAGCAAACCUUCCAAGGGAGAGAAGCCACCACAAGAACAUAAUGAACAUAAGGGAGAGAAGCCACCAAAAAAGCACAAGCCAUCUCAUGAACACCGUUUGUUAGAGACCGAUGGAAAACCUUCCAAGGGAGAAAAGCCUCCACAACAUCACAAUGAGCCUCAUAAGGGAGAGAAGCCACCACCAGAGCACAAACCAGGACAUCCAGGUAAUGAACCUCACAAGGGUGAGAAGCCACCACCAGAGCACAAACCACCUCAUGAACAAAACACCGGACGCCGUUUGCUAGAGUCUUCUUCCACUGAGUUAGAUGGUAAGUCUCCUAAAGGAAAGAAGCCACCCCCAAAACACAAGCCGCCAACCCCACUUGACAAAAAUGAUGAUCACAAGCCAUUUCCGGAACACAAGCCACCAAAGGGUAAGGGAGAGAAGCCACCACAUCACGACCGUCAGCUUGGAGAGAAUGCAGAGAAGGAUGCCAGAGACCCACCACACAAGCCACCUCGGAAAUUAAAGCCUCCAAGUACUGUUGCAAAGAAGCCUCCAACUUCCCCUCACAAACCUCCAUCUCCCUACUGAUCAUCAGUUCAUCAUUAGUUUGCUACUUUCAUGAGAUAUAUGUAAAAUAAGAGCUGCUAUAUCCCUACUUUCUUGUUUCACUGUUCUGCGGAGUUAUAGCAGACUCUGUUUGAUUCCAUGUCGUACUAGCUUAGCCUACUAGAGAUUGAGUACGUACUAUGCUGUUCUUAUGUAAAGCAUCCAGUGUACUCACUUUAAAUAUCAUGAAUUAGCUUAUAUUUGCUUUUCCAA